AUGGCUGACUUAAUAAAUUCGCUCGUUAUUCCCUCAGAUUUGUCACAUACGUUGGAGCACAAGAGCUCUAACGAAUCGUUCCACUCAACGCGUUCACAAGGCUCUCACUCUUCACCGUCGCAAGCUCCUGUAGAAAGUCACGAGAGUCUGCCCCUUUUCAACAUUAGCGAUUAUCUGAAUGAGCCAGCGAGCGCGGCUCUACUUGCUUCGACAGGAUCGAAACGAAAAUCUUCGCAUUCCAAUACUCCCCACAAAGCGUCGUUUACAUCUCCAGAUUCGUUGGAACCUAUUCCGUUAGGUAACAAGACAUCGCACCAUGUCCCUGCGCUGAACCAUCUUUGUCAAGGCAAAGGGCUUCCAGCACCAUUGUUUGACAUUGAUCAGGACGGAGAAGGCGAUGACGCAAGAUUUGGCGGUGCAAUUAGGGUCGGAAGCACGAAACUUGGCUGCCAGAAAACAUGGAGAAGCAAAAAGGAAGCCCGCGAAGGACUUUCAGAAGAGGCUAUGCCCACCGUCAUGAACAUGACAGCUAUACCUCACGAGCAAGCUCACCAGUAUCAGCAGCGCGUCUCGGUAUUGGUUGAAUUAUGUCAGGCUAAAGGGCUACCCACGCCUGUCUUCGAUGUUAGCCAAUACGGGCAGGGCAACGACGCUAGAUUCGGAGGCUCGAUCACUGUUGGAGAUUACAAGGUGAACGGUGAUGGCUUAUGGAAGAAUAAAAAGGAAGCCCGCUCUGGCCUGGCAGAGGAGGCUUUGCGAGCGGUCGAAGCGAUGCCCUCCAGAGGUCGCAGCUCACCUGAGCAGGUCACGAAGAAUCACAUUGGCCUGCUGCACCAGUAUUAUCAAGCUGAAGGCACAGGCCUGUCCCCCACUUAUGAAUACUACUCUAUCGGUCCACAAUCCUUCUCCGUCACCUGUACACUCCCAGGUCUUAGCAGCCAGACCUUUGGCUCUUCCACCAACCCAUUUCCGAGCAAGAAAUCAGCCCAAGCAGCCGUGGCUCAAGAAGCAGUGGAGCACCUCAUCUCAACAGGCAAACUCAAAGCCGAUGGUUCAACACUCAAGAAAUCAAAGAACUCAUCCAAAAGCUCCCCGGUCUCCCCCAACACCUCGAAUCCGAGCGGAGCUUCAGGGGAAGUCCUCCGUGUUCUCGCCGGCGACAAAGACGGCAAAGGAAUGGGGAUCGAAAUCAUAGACCCGCAUGCUUCGUUUGCUCAACUUGUCGCUUCUCUUGCACCGCUACUAGGACUGCCACAGACGCAAUACCAUCUCUCGCCCGCGUCAGCCCAAGCGCCGAAUUUGCUUUCGGGACACGCAAGUUUCGUAGGUGGAGGAGCAGGGGUGGCCAAGGGGUUGUCGGAGACCUUGGGCGAGGUGAGACAUGUAUUUGGGAAGAAGAAUGCGAAGGAGGAGCUUGCUAGGGAGGUAUGGGAAAAGUUGAAAGACAUUGCUGAUGCGAGGGGCUUCAAGGUGAAAGAGAGAUAG